AUGCAUGAUGAGAUGUGGGACGUGAUAACUGAUGGACCCAUCCAGAUACUUCAACUGAACCCUAAUCGAGUUGCUACCGAUCCGACAUCACCAGAAAUGAUUCCAAAGGAGAAAUCCUUGCUGACUACCGAAGAGAGAACCCGAGUAAAUCUCGACAAUAUAGCCAAGGAUAUACUCUACAAGGCAUUGGACGAAUCAUUGUUCCCGAGAGUAAGAAAGUGCAAGAAUGCUAAAGACAUCUGGGAUGUACUUAUGCUCAUAGGUGAUGGAGACGAACAAGAGAAGGAGAACAAGCUGACGAUUGCCAUGAAGAAGUUUGAAGACUUCAAACUCAAUCCAAAGGAGUCCAUAACUGAAAUGGAAGCUCGGUUCAUAAAGUUAUUGAUGGAAAUCAAUGAUCUUGAUGAGAAAAAGCUAACACAAAAGGAGAUAAGCUUGAAGAUUCUCCGAGGACUACCCAAAAGCUGGGAAAUGAAAGUAGUUGCUAUGCGUGAUCAUAGAGAUCUCAAGGCCACGAGUACUACUCAGAUCUUUAGUGAUCUGAAAGCCUACGAGUUCGAGAAGGAAGCUCAAAAUGAUGAAGAACCUGAAACGAGAAACAUAGCCUUAGUUGCAAAUCAUCAACCUUCAUCAUCAACACCAAGGUCGAAUACUAACCCCUCAUCUAAUUUUUUCACUGACGAUCAGCUUGCUUUGUUCAUGAGAAGGUUCAAAAGAUUCAUGCGAAAGAAUCAAUCCUAUGAUAACUCUGACAAGACGAGAAGAAUGAAGUACCGAAGCAAUGACAAGGCUAGCGGAUCCAGAACACAUGAGAAGGAUGAAAUACAAGUGCUGUGUUAUAACUGCCGAAAACCUGGACACUUCAAAGCGGAAUGUCCAUAUCCCAUCGUCAAGAAGCAUCAGGACGAGCACAACUACAAGAAGAAUUCGGGAAACUAUCACAACUCGAAGAGUGCAUCAAACGAUGCCGACGAAGAGCCAAACAAAAACCAGAGGAAUGAUAGGCGAAGGAAGGCUCUAGCUGUAGAAGAGAAGUUAGGAGAAAAGAACGACGAGUCAUGCACUUCCAGCUCUAGUUCAGAAAGUGACAGUUCGGAGGAUGAAAAAGGACUACAAUGUCUUUUCAGUCAAGAAGACUCAGAUGAAGAGCUGUGCCUUAUGGCAGAUGAAGAAGAGGUAACUUCACAAAACCACUCUUCUAAUUAUAGUUCCGAAUCAACAUAUCAUGAAAACCCUAGGGAAGCAUUCGAAAGAAUGAUGAAGAGUUUUGAUGGUAUUGAGGAUUCACACCUCAAACUCAAAGAAGAGAAUGCCAAGCUAUUGGCAGAAAGACAAGAUCUCGAGGACUUAAGGUCCAAAAAUGCUGAGAUGCUUGAAUCUAUAAGCCAGCUUGAGAAGCAAGUUCAUCUUCUUGAGGAAGAGUGUAAAGCGAAGGAUGAUAGAGAGCAAAAUUUGCGUGCGGAAAAUAGGACCAUCUGGUAUGUAGAUAGCAGUUGCUCGAGACACAUGACUGGAGAUAAAUCAGAAUUGAGCAAUUAUAAAGCAAGGAAUGGUCCUAAAGUAGUUUUCGGUGGGAACUCAAGUGGACGAACCAUGGGCACCGGAGAUGUUAUGAAAUACAAAUUUAUAUUCUCACGAGAUCUAUGUCAAGUUAUUUCAGAACUAUCUCAUGAAGUUGUUUUAACAGCAAAACGAAGAAAGAAUAUGUAUGUUGUCACGUGGGAAACAGUAAAACCGAAUACUUGCCUAAUCGCCAAAAGCAAGAAAGAUUUGAGUUGGGAAUGGCAUCAUAAACUCAAUCAUCUCAACUUCAAGGCCAUCAACAAGCUUGCAAGAAAGGAACUGGUUGAAGGAUUACCGAAUGUAAUCUAUGACAAGGAUAAAGUAUGUGAAGCAUGUCAAAAGGGAAAGCAGAUCAAGUCUUCGUUCAAAAUGAAAUCUCUUAACACCAAUGCAAGGCUAUUAAGUCUACUCCAUAUGGACUUAUUUGGACCAGUUGAUCCAGUUAGUCUAAGCGGGAGAAAGUACACUCUUGUGGUAGUAGAUGACUACAAAAGAUAUACAUGGACAUCUUUUCUAAGAAAGAAGAAUGAAACAGAGAAAGUCCUUCCAGACUUGCUCCGAAGACUUCAAACCGAAAAGGAUCUAAGUAUUGUCAAAAUUCGGUCUGAUCAAGGAACUGAAUUUGUAAACAAAGUCAUUCAGGAUUUCUGUGGACAACACGGUAUACUGCAUCAGCUUUCAGCAGCAAGAACUCCUCAACAGAAUGGUGUAGCUGAAAGACGCAACAGAACCCUCAAGGAAGCAACAAGAUCCAUGAUUACUUUCUCAGGCUUGCCGAAACGUUUUUGGGCCGAAGCUAUAAACACAGCAUGCUACACUCAAAAUAGAUCUCUUAUUCAUAAAGAUCAUGGAGCUACACCCUACGAACUCUGGAAAGGCAGAAAACCUGUUGUAAAAUACUUUCACAUAUUUGGAAGUAAAUGCUUCAUCCAUAACAACGGGAAAUCACAUCUAAAGGCUUUUGAUGAACGUGCUGAUGAAGGAAUAUUUAUGGGAUAUUCUGAAAAGAGUAAAGCUUUUCGAAUACUGAAUAAGCGAACCAUGGUGAUAGAAGAAUCAAUACACGUAGUCUUCGACGAAUCAUCAAAAGAGGGCGUGGUGAUCUCUGAGAAACAAACUGAUGAAGAGACGAAAGAUAGAGAAGUUGAAGAAUUAUCCAAAGGAUCAGAAUCAGAAGACGAUGAUUAUCCACUCUUUCCUAAUCACCUACCGAAUACUUCAUCUCCAACCGAAGUAUUACCGAAUGAUGGAAAUAGGCCAAAUCAAUCAAUAGUACAACAAGAUGGAAACAAUCAAGACGAACCCUCUAUCGAUGAAGGAGCACCACCUACCACCUUCCAACCGGAUCUAAAAUGGUUGAGAAAUCAUCCUCAAGAUCAAAUCAUCGGUGAUAUACAUGAUAAUGUACGAACUCGUGCAUCCAUUCGGGAAUGCAUGAUGGCAUGUUUCAUAUCUCAAAUUGAACCGAAAACCAUAGAAGAAGCACUAAAUGACUCGGACUGGGUCAUUGCCAUGCAAGAUGAACUACAUCAAUUUGAGAGAAACGAUGUAUGGGAACUGAAAAAGGAUAUCAAACUUGAGUAUGUGAAUACCGAAGACCAGCUUGCGGAUAUUCUCACUAAACCGCUUGCCGAAGCAAGAUUCUAUACCUUGAGGCAUGAGCUCGGAAUGGAUAAGGGAAAAGGCAAGAAGGCAUGUUCUGAAGAGAAACCCGUCAAGAAAAGGUUCUCUUUUCGGCUGUUGUUGAAAGAAGGAACUAGUAAACUCAACAAAUUGAGAGAAGAAAAGGGAGAACCUCUCCAAGGGGACACAUCUGCACAUCCACUAGAACUCUCCGAUUCGGACUCUGAGGAUUACGUGCCCAAGCCACCUACCAUGUCUGUCCCAGGCUUCUACUCUGGAGGUUUAGCUCCACCUAACGAGGAACCCUACUGGCUGGAUCCAGACCUUGUGCCAAGGCCAACUCCUCCACCCUCCAUGAACUAUACCGGAGAUGAUGCUUGGAAUGACAUCCAAAGAUGGUACCAACAGGAUCAGGCUCCAAACCAGCCAGUAAAUGCAGACUAUGACGAGGACUAUCUUCGCUAUCUUGCGAUGCUUGACCCAGAUGAUGUAUCUGACAAGUCCUCGGUGCUUGAAAAUGAACCAGAUGAUGUAUCUGACAAGUCCUCGGUGCUUGAAAAUGAACCUGGUUAUGGACCUAUGGCUCCAUCUUGGAUCCCUGACGCUGCCCCAAGUGCUCUACCAGCUCCAUCUUGGAUCCCUGACGCUGCCCCAAGUGCUCUACCAGCUCCAAGCCCUCCUACCACGGAGAGCAGCCAAGGACAAAGCCUUAUGUCUACUGCUAAUAAUAGGCAUGCAAAGAAUAAAGGCAAAGGCAAGGCAAGAAAGUAG